AUGCCUCCAAAAGCCGGCAGCGGGUCGGCCGCGCCAGUCGCCGCCUACGCUCCGCGCGCCUCCUCCACGGCUCAGAAGUACCUCCUCGCCUACAAUAGCCUAUGCUUCGCGCUCUGGUCCAUCGUGACAUUGCGCGCACUUGGCCUACUUCCCGUUCUUCUCUCACACAACAAGCUCCAUGGCCUGUACCACGCAAUAUUCCCGCUAUUGCAGUGGACGCAAACUAUUGCCCUUCUCGAGAUCCUACACUCUGUCCUCGGUCUGGUGCGGGCGAGCGUUCUCACGACUGCAAUGCAAGUGGCAUCCCGCAUACUGGUGGUCUGGGGAGUCAUGUACCUGUUUCCUCAGGUCAUCGUCGCACAGAACGUCUGGGGAAGAGACACGGCUGGUCCCAACGGCGCACCCUACGCCUUCGUAGGCUGCGUCUUCGCCUGGGGCAUCACCGAGAUCAUUCGAUAUGGUUUCUUCGUGUGGAAAGAGGGCGUGAGCCCGCGGAUCCCGGGAUGGCUCACGUGGUUGAGGUACAACACGUUUUUCGUGCUGUAUCCCAUUGGUAUCAGCAGUGAAUGCUGGUUAAUUUACAACUCGAUCAAGCCUGCCGAGCAAAGCUACCAGGGUCUGGACUUGGUGUUCAAAGCGGUGCUGCUCAUUUACGUGCCGGGAAGCUACAUCCUCUACACACACAUGAUGAAGCAGCGGAAGAAGGUGCUCAAAGGUAAAGAGAAGGCUCGAUAG